AUGAGCCAGGUGCUACAAAAGCUACGUCUGCCACUACCGCGCACGAUCUCGGAGGCUACCCGCACGACUGGCGCUGGCCACGCACUCAGUCUGCACGGCUGGAUACGCAGUGUGCGCCACCAGAAGAAGUUGUCCUUCGUGCACCUCACCGACGGCCAGGCCGACAUCCAAGUUACGCUCUCACCUGAGCUAGCGCGAGGGCUAUCAACGGGCACGAGUGUGCGUGUGGACGGCUCUCUCGCGCACCACCCACGCACACAAACCAUCGAAGUGCGCGGCACACACACACACAUCUACGGCACAGCCCCAGGCGACACUUACCCCAUGCAGAAGAAAGAGCAUGGCAGCGAACACCUCCGCGAUAACGCUCACCUCCGCACUCGCACUAGCCAGAUUGGACAUGUCGUCAAACUGCGUCAUCAUCUGACGCGAUGUCUCCUUGAAUGGUUUCACGAUAAUAGCUUCACGCUCGUACAGCCUCCCGUUAUCACCAGCAGCGACUGCGAGGGCGCUGGCGAGGCAUUUCAGGUGGUCGCUGGCGCGGGGCGCGGUAACGAGGCUAAAGAGCAGCAGCAGCCAGACUACCACCACCACCAACAACCCCCCUUCUUCUCUCACCCUGCUUUCCUCACCGUCAGCACACAGCUCCAUCUCGAGGCUGUCGCAGGUGCCUUCGCGCGCGUCUUCUCCCUCUCGCCUACGUUCAGGGCGGAGCCAUCACAGACGAGCAGGCAUUUGGCUGAGUUCUGGAUGCUCGAGGCCGAGAUCAGUUUCGUGGAGAGCGUCGACAGCCUGACGAGCGUCGUCGAGCACAGCAUCAAGAGUGCGGUCGGUGGGCUGGACCCGUCGCUUGUUAAGAGCGAUUCUCUGUAUUUGGAAAAGGAAUGGGGACAAAUCACUUACACCGAGGCUGUGCAGCUGCUGCGUGAGCGCCACAGCGUAUCUCCCUUCCACCACCCUCCGACGUGGGGUGCUUCCCUCCAAAGCGAACACGAACGCUAUCUCGCAGAGGAGGUUUGCGAAUCCCCUGUCUUCAUUACACACUAUCCCGCGUCUAUAAAACCAUUUUACAUGCGCGCUAACGAUGAUGGUCUCACUGUAGCUUGCUUUGACUUGCUCGUCCCUGGUAUUGGCGAGUUGGCUGGCGGCAGUUUGCGCGAGGAGAGAUUGGACGUGUUGGAGCGCAAUAUUGACCACGCUGGUUUAGAUAGAGGUACUUACAACUGGUAUCUCGAUCUCAGACGUUAUGGCUCAGUCCCCCACGGUGGCUUUGGUGUCGGCUUCGAACGUCUACUCAGCGUUAUUAGCGGUGUUAGCAAUCUGAGAGAUGUCGUCUUGUUUCCGAGAUGGGCUGGUCGCUGUAACUUUUAG